AUGGACAUGCCAUGCCUGAACCACCUUCUUCUCCUGAUACGUCCAUCACCAUAUCCUCUCAGCAACAAUCAACCACCAAAAUGUUUUGAUGAACUACCUCUAUUAGAAGAAGAAGUUCUUGAAGACGUAAAACAGAAAUCCCAGCCUGAAAUUAAAUCGGCUAUCCACCAACAUGAAUUUGAUACCGGCCACAAAGCUGAUUAG